AACUUGGGAAACCCCGCAGAAGUUGCUACACUCUCCCUGGCUAUGCUUUCAACUAUGGGUUAUAUUUGCAUGGGCUGGACGGAGGCGUUGCCGAAGCCAUUGGCCACUGGAAUUCUAUGAAGCCCAGGAGUGUUCCGGAGAAGGAGAAGCCCCGUGACCAGAAGGCUUGCAACAUCCGAGCUGUCAAGGCCGGCUUUGUCACAGCACACGAGGGCAACCUGUACCGCAAGGAAAAGGACAUCCGCCUCAGUGAGGAUGAUGAGAGGCGCUUCAAGAAGACACCUCCGAAAGUACCUGUGGACAUGACAUAUGGGAGGCCACCACGGCCCUCCACACCAUUCUUUGAUCUAUUGCAGCACAAAUACAAAGAGAUGUGGAUGGACGAGCAGAGAGCCAUCAUCAAAGCCGAGAAGGCAGAAAAAAAGCAGAAGACACGCAGAGGAAAGACAUAUGACACGCGCACGACGCUGUUCAGGAAAUUCCUGCCUCCGAUGAAGGCAGAUCCUCUUUGGAAAAUGCCCCACUUUCAGAAGAUAUGUCCACACCUCUCCACCUUCCAAGACCAGAAAUCGUACCAGAGGGCUCUGAAGGCCUUCCAGUCAGAAAUCCCUGUGAGGCUUGGGCCCCUGGCGCAGGGCCUUUACACCACCACUGCCUGCUAAGGAUCAUCCAGAGGGAAAAAACAGAGAAUAAAAGCUCCAGCUUCUGCCCAGCCUGGGCAUCCUACUAUACUCUUCCAUUGCAUGUUUCAGAUUUCAGGUCUAUGUUUGCAUUUGUGAAGUUGAUUAAGCUCAUAAUUGACUAAGCACCUUCUGUCUCUACAUUAAACAUUUAUUCAAUUAA